UUGGCGGGGACUACAUGUCCCUGGGGUGCCCGGGACGGAGAGGCGGUGCCGUGGGCGGAGCGCGGACAGCUCCGGUGCUGAUCUUGAGGCGGGUUUGCCGGCACAGUCCGGGUGUGCAGCGGGCGGCGAGCGGCAGCGGGGCGAGCGGCGGCCGCGCCCGGUGAUGAGGCACGAAGCGCCCAUGCAGAUGGCAUCUGCUCAAGAUUCCAGAUAUGGCCAGAAAGAUACAUCUGACCAGAACUUUGAUUACAUGUUCAAACUACUCAUCAUUGGCAACAGCAGUGUUGGGAAAACCUCCUUCCUGUUCCGAUAUGCUGAUGAUUCCUUUACUUCUGCAUUUGUGAGCACAGUCGGGAUUGAUUUCAAAGUAAAAACAGUUUUCAAAAAUGAAAAAAGAAUUAAACUACAGAUCUGGGACACAGCAGGUCAGGAGAGAUACAGAACAAUUACCACGGCUUACUAUCGAGGCGCAAUGGGUUUCAUUUUAAUGUAUGACAUCACAAAUGAAGAAUCCUUCAAUGCUGUGCAGGAUUGGUCAACUCAAAUCAAAACAUACUCUUGGGAUAAUGCCCAGGUUAUUUUGGUGGGUAACAAAUGUGACAUGGAGGAUGAGAGGGUAGUCUUCACUGAGAGAGGAAAACAUUUAGCAGAGCAACUUGGUUUUGAAUUUUUUGAAACAAGUGCCAAGGACAACAUUAACGUCAAGCAGACAUUUGAGCGACUUGUGGAUAUCAUCUGUGACAAAAUGUCUGAAAGUCUGGAGACAGAUCCCAGCAUUACUGCCGGCAAGCAGAACACACGACUAAAGGACACCCCUCCACCACAGCAACCCAACUGUGGCUGUUAAUGCAGCUACCAGUAAAGGCAGCUCCAGCGCGUUCUGUUGCCAACAGAGUAUUUAUGAAUGGUCUAUAUGCCUUUAUUUAUACUGUCUUAGUAAUUUAUUUGGGAGAAAAAUCUUUUAUUCUACAUUAGUAUCUAGUUGAGUAUAUGUACGAAGAUGGGGAUAUUAAUAGUUUGAAAGAAUAAUCUGAUUUUAGCUUCUGGCUCUUGCAUGCAGGAUGGCUAUUAGUUUCUCUGUUCUUUUUACUGUUUCACGUUAUACUUCAGCUGGUGCCAUGUGCCUAGAAUUGACUUGCUUCACCAGUUUCAAAUUAUAUAGUUGAAUCCUUAGGACAGCGGCCAAGGUAUUUUAGAAUAAACUUCCUGAUGACAUUUAUAUUUUCUCCUGACCAAGAAUUAAUCUAGAAAUAUUAUUUUAAAGAGCCAGUCACUCAUUCUGUCUAGAUCAUUUGUAUGAGGAAAACUUCUUGAGCAUACUUCCUGAGUAAGACUGGGCUCAGUAUGUUACACAUCGUGUGCUUGGAAAUUGCAGAAGUUAGAAGGAGCAGACCUUCAGCCUUCCUGAACCUCCAGCCACUUGCCCUUCUUUUGAGAGUCCAACUUGAUGCAGGUGUUCAGUGCAGAUCUUCAGAAAUAUUAGGUACUUCAUCCUGGCCAGCUUGCUUGCAUGCUUACAGACUGCAGGUUUGUUAAACUCCAUUCUGAAACUUUACUCAUUUUCUCUUUCCAACAUGCAAAUACUUUGGUGGUUUCUGCCCUAGCAGAGGAGGGCUAAUCAGAUCUUUUUAUUUCCACCAGUGUUAGAUAUUGAACAUUCUGUUCAGUUAUUACCCCUGAAAAAGCCAAAACUAUUACAAUAAGUUGUUCAUAGCCAAAUACUGUCUUUUCACAUUGCUGUCAAACCUGCAUGCUUAAGCUUUCAGGAACUGUAUCUCCCAUUCAGUCACUGGGACUGCCAUCAACUUACUGGCUACUAAUUCCUGUCUGUCAUUCAGACCUAGUGUAGACAUGUUGCUGAUAUCAAUGAGCUUGAGUUUGACCUCAUUUUUACAUUGAUGAGGAAAUCUUUAUUGACAAGACAAUCACAGAUUGGCAGGAUUUUGGUAAUAACUUUAGGAAUAACAAGAAAUAGUUAUCAUUUCCUAAGUUAAACUGAAUGUAUCUGUGAAAUCAGGAAAGGCUGUGAAGUACACAGACUCAUGCACACACACAAGAAGGUAGAAUAAAGUACAAAAAUUCUAUUUCAAACAAUUUCUUAAAAGUAGUCAUAUUCCACAGUUUUAAAAAGUACUCAUCUGGUAAUUGGUGGCACAUCUAUGUCCAGUACACUGAGCUUCAUGCAACACCUUUACUUCUGUAACAGAGACAUUUUAAAGCCAAACUGCAUAAUUGGGGCAGCAUUAUCUGUUUUAUUGUUCCUAGUAGACAGGCUUUAAGACAAGUCUGACAUUUCCCCAACUGUCUGAAAUACACAAAAAUUAAAUAUAAAAAUAAAAAUAGGAAGACAAAUUAGAAAAUGAAAGUAACAAAAGGUACUGCAAAUGCAAAGGAAUCCCUCUGCACGCAUUCCUGUUUCCAAAGGCAAUUUAUGUAAACACUGGGGAAAAUGGACACUUGGGUGUUUUUGUUUGUUUCUUUGUUUUUGCCUUUGUUUUUGUUUUGUUUGUUUGUUUGUUUGCUGGUUAAAUAACCUGUAUAAACUUUGACAUGGUGAAAAACAGCUUUCAAGCAAGGCAUAUGGAGACACAUGCAAAACGGAAUGGCCACCGGGGGGCAACAUUGGCUGCCUAACUUAAAUGUUUCUUCAUUCUAGGGUUUUAAAACUUAGGCCCUUGUAACAAGUUUCCUUAAGCACCCAUUUUCCUAACAGACAUGGAGGCUGAACCUUCACUUGCUGAAUUUCACGAAGAGAAAGUAUUGUCCCCUUUGGAGCUGAUGAGCAGUCGGGAAGAAGAGGCAUGUGUUACUGCUACCAUAACCCAGCCUCCAACAGGGCAGUACUUUUCUCUCCCAUGUGUAAGGCAGCAUGUUGACAUCUGUGCUGAGGAACGUUCACUGACACUUUUUCACCCACUGGUGAUUAAUUCAGAUUAAUGUGUUCACAUCAGAUCCUUGGAGUUUUUCAAGACAAAAGUAGGUAAAAUCCUGAGCAAUUUGUUUUGACCUCUCAGCUGACUGCUUUAAGGUCAUUGGGCUGGGACCUGCUUAUUUCCCAUCCAACCUGAUUUACCUUCCCUUCCACUGAAAUUUGACAUUUCUGGAUGUUCAAGGAGAACUUUUCUCAGCAGUCAGGUUUACCUACUGUUGGAAAAAUAGGUUUUGAUUUUCCAACCAGUGGAAUAAGUUGGCUUUUGAAGCCACAUGUUUCACAGCAAUAUUGAGUUUUCUGCUAUAAAUUCUAAUUAUAUUCAGAUGACAAGCAUCAUGAGAUCUCAAUGCCUUACCUUCCUAGGGUAAAACCUGGCUGUUGCAGAGGAACAUGAAAGACAGAAGGGCUUCUUGGAAGUAACUUACUACUCCUUCCUCAAGCAUUAUGAAAAUUUAGCUUGAGUUCUGCGGAAGCCAACAGGAGUAGAAUUUUCAUUUUACUUGAAAUUACGCUUUGGCCUGUUUCAUAGCACAGGAUCUCCAACUGAAGAGUGUGUCAGAACAAUUCAGCUCCAACUGAUCCUGAGACAGACUGCAGUUUUCUUAAAUGCAAGCAGAGGUACAUUAUUACUGAUCAUUUUGGAAAUUCCAUCUUAGCCUAAUCAAGGGUCAAAAUUCAAACAAUCAAUAGAUCAUUCUUCACCCCUAUCCAGUAGUUGCUGAUUAUGAGUUAGCUACUGGAGGAAACAGAAGCAGUAUUUGACACAGUUCUGCUAAGAGAAAGGAUCAGGACAAAAAGUGAUAUUUUAGUGAUACAAGAGGUCUGCAUCAUUAAAUUGAAAAUAUACAGAACUAUUUUCAGCCUCACUGUUUUUGAAGUACUCACACACUUUUCACUAAUUUGUUGUCACUCUCAGCACAGAGAUAAGACUGAUUGUCAUGGAGCUUCAUUGUUCCAGUCACAGAUGACCUCUUCUGCAAAAAUUUAGGCCAACUGAUGAGAUACAGCAGUUGUCACAGAGAGUAUAUUGCAUUUUGAGGAGUUUAAACAUCUCUGGUCAGAGCGUCCUGAGUUCCAUAGUGCCAGCUGAACCAUCACUUCACAACCUAUUUUCCAAGUCACAAACUAUACUGAUGCUUUUAGCAGCAGGCUAACCCUGAGCAGGGAUAGUUUAGCAGCCUUACCAUGCUCUGAUAUUGUACAUCUUGCUGUAUGAUCAAGCUAGUGCUCAGAAAAUGCCUUGGGAUCACACAGGAACACAAGACACAGUUUGACUCCUGCAGUGCUUCCUGGCACCAGCCAGCCAGAGAGCUAGCUAGCCUUGCUGGGUUAACCUUCAGACAUGUUUCCAAUUCUGAUAAGAGUUUGUGUUCACAAGCAUUUUAGUCCUUAUAGCAUAGCUAACUUGCUAGCAUAUUUUUGUUGUUGUUGCUGUAGUUUGUUUAUUUAGAUAUGUUUGUUCAGGCUUUGAAAUACAUAUAAGCUAGCUGGAUUUUCUGUCAAAAUAUAUUCUCUCUGAACAGCUGUGUACGUGACUGUUACCUGGAACAGUUUGUUCCUCUGUGCUUAUAAUUACUGCAAUGCUUAGAGAAACUACCUGAGCAACUACAUCUCUGUGGCCUUUCCAGAGCACCAGUCUCAAAGAUUAAGCUUUCUUCCCAGUCUGCUCAGUUCUGUAUACUCAGCUGUACCACAUGCACUUUCUUUCAGGAAUGAAAUAUUUAUUGAUACACAAAUUCUGCUGGAAUUUGAUCCCAAUAUUUGAGAAUGCUUUGAGUUGAAUUUUCAGUUGGGUGAAAACAUGAUGGUAGAAAUUCUACAUCUGCCUCGUUUCUGCAACAGCAGAUGAAAGAUGCUGCAUUUGCAUUCUAAAAACAAUUUAUCCCACAAACUAUUUUUUUCUACAUUUCUUUGGGAGAGGCAAGUCAUUACCUGUAUUUUUAAGGGUGUCAAAUAAAUUACUGUUCUGCUGACUGACUGUUAGGACAGUUUUGUCCCUGGCCUGUUUCUUAGACAGUGAGCAUGUGAGUCUUGUUCCUCUUUUGGAUGACAGAGCAGUUUGAGACCAGGAAUAUGUGAAUCCUUAUAGAUCAGCACUUAGGGAGUGUAAAGCAGUAUCUCACUUCUGCCAACAGAUAAGUGAAUUCUUUUGAUUUACACUGUUUUACCUAUUUACAUGGGCUUUUCAGUGCAGUCUGACUUCAGAUUCUCCAAGGUUCAUCAUAAGUUUAGUGACAUUUUUUAAAGAGGCAACUCAGUUCGAUUAUUUGAACAACUUUUACCAGUUUCUUUGUUAAGAAGAGGUGAAUACAUUUCAUCUUACAAAUUUGUUUUGUUUUGUUUUGUUUUUCCUUCCUUUUAUUUUGCUUUGUUUAUCCAUGGAUAUUCACUGAAUCAGAAUUGUAACUACACACAUUUAAUAUGCAUAUGCAGCAGUACAUCUUUGACGCUCACUCACUUCCUACUGCCACUUAUCUCAUUAAGUGCAGCUUUCCGUAAAUGCCACAGUAAACUUACCCAGAACUCAUUAACACCAGAAAUCCACAGGGUUACAUCUGUAGACCAUAUGUUUAUUUCCCAUGGUCCCAGCACAUGUAGGUGGCUUGUCAUAUAUAGAAUAAGGUACCUGGUAUUUGAUUUGAUGAAGGAGAAGCAGAAGAGCAGUAAUUUCAGGUUCACACAUAACAUGCAUUAAUGACAGCUGGGGACUGCAUACCACUUCUGGCGAUAACUUUACUUGAGUAACUCUGACAUGUACCUGCAACUAGUGUUAAAUGAACUGUUUGUGUGCGACUCCUCUUUAAUAUUUUGUCAGUAAUGUCAGAUGUGUUGUGGCUCAGAUGGACUGUCUGAACGUGUAACCUAUAUACUCAUGUUUGUGAAACUGAAAUGUCUUAAAUGUUGCAUGAAAAUAUGUUAUAAAAAUAGAUAUGUUUUCUAUUUUUUGAAUACCUCAAAACUGAGGAAUCAUGGGCCAAUAAGUGCAAUAUUUAAUGACUUACUCAGUGUAUAUAAACCUGUGUGAGAGGGAGAAGUGCUCUGUAUGUGUGGUGAGUUGUUGAUGAUGCCUGUGUGGCUUAAGAUUUCCAGUAGCUCUGUGUGUCUUUUAGUAAAAUUUAAAUAGUAAAUGCUUUAUCAAUGUAGUGUAAAAAUACUCUAUUCUUAAGUCAUUUAAACUAUUUUUUCAUAUAUGAGAUGAUGGUAUAAGAUGUCUGUAUGUUUAUUGCAAGUGCAUGUCAAUUUUACUUUUAGAAUUGUGAAUGUCCUCUUUGGAAAUGGUCAUAUUACAUCGACACUAGUGGGACAACACAUUUAGUCAGAAGAUGCCUGUAAACAUGUCUGAACUAUCUGCGUAUAUUUUUAAGCAUGUUCCCUAGGGACAUUAGAAUAACCUCCUAAAGCAUUGUCAGCUACAUUAUCUGUUUGCCUAUACUGCAUUAUAUCAUAUGAGUGUGUUUCCUUCAAUAUGAUGUAGUUAACUCAUGAUAUCUGAAAAAUUUAAUAGGAGUAUCCAAUACUCUUGCAGAUAAGUUUGCAAUCUUCAGUAGAUACCCUGAUUUAACAUUUUUUGGGUACAGCCUGACUGUCACAGUCAAAGUGGUCUAUCACAGUGGACAGUGACUUUAGUUAUUUAUGCCAGUUCAGUUCCCUUACUUUUCUAGAUCCCAAAGAAGGAAAAUAAAUACAUCCUUAAAUAUAUUCACCCAGGCUCUUCACUCAACAGCUACAUGGUCCUUAGCAUACUUGGCAAAAAGUGCAGUACAGAAUCUAACCAUGACAUAAAAAUGAGAGAUCAUUCCUCUUUCCUCUUAUCCUUGCAUAUUUCUGAUAAUUCUCUAAGCACGUAAGGCUGUCACUAUUCAGCAAAACACUCAAAUCUGUAGGGCAUCUGUGGGACUUCUAACUCUGAAGCACCAGUGGUUCCCAGUGGUGCCUAUGGACUCCACAGAGAAGAAGCUUGUUCUGUUAAUUCUUGCUGCAUCUCUGGUUUGGAAAAGAGUAUGUCAUGAUCCCUGGAAAUCUGAUAAGUAAAGUUAGGCUACUGAGACUGGGACAAGGAGAAUAACUGUAAUGAGAUUUUUAUAAAAACCUCAUUAAAAAGUGUCUAAAUACAUCUUUAGUUUUAUCUGGUGAUUUUAUUCAUUUAUUUAUUUUACAAUAUACAAAGUUAAUUUGGUUGGUUGUUUGCUUGGGUUUUGUUUUGUUUUGUUUUAAAUUAGACUCAUGAAGAAAAGAAUUGAAGUCUGAGGCCUACUGGAAAUCAUUACUGUGGUUUUCCUUUCCUGUAUCUCCACAUAGUUCCUCUGAGAAAGCAAAUAGCCAAACUGCAUUAAGUAGCAUAGGACAGCACUUGCAAUGACCUGAGCAGCCCUUAAAAUUCUUCUUGCUUUAAUACCUUGUGCUAUGAAACCUCCUGCAAAAUUAUACAGGCUGGGGUAAAAAUAAAAUUAAUUUUGAGAGAAUUUGAGAUUUCUUAGUAAAAGAAGUAAGUUCUGGACAUCUUUAUAGCUAAGCAGCAGGUAAAGUAAAUGUCAUAAUGGGAAGUACCACUUAAGUGCAUAUAUACAGGCUGCUACAAGACUGGGGAUAUAUUACCUAAUUUUUUAUUUUGCUAAGUGACCUGAGUAUUCAAGGGCUGGCAGAUAAUUUUACCUACUAUUUUUAUUAUUCCUUAUAGACCUAUGAAUAUAUACACAAAUACUUACCUUGAAAAUAUGUAGCUGUUCUGGCUCCUUCAAGCUAACUAACUUGCUGAAUUGUUCUUGAUGAUAAGUUGUUGAAGUUUUUGCUUAGGAUACAUUUGUGAGGGGAAGAGACUCAAUCUGUUCCUCCUCCACCAGCUACUUCUGCAAUAUAGUAACUGUGGUUCUAAAAAAUAUGUUAGUUUAAAAUGCUGAUGGGUGACAAAUGUUGUGAAUCUUAGGCAUUCAUCCACAGGAGUUCCUGUCUGAACGUGAAGUACAAGUUUUAUCCAUGUGCAGAGUUUUAAAUCUAUGUGGACGUAGAGACUGUGUGUAUUCCAUUGAAUAUUCUGUUUGUAUGUGACUUCUGUAUACCAAGUGGAUUUUGUUUGUUUAGCUUUUGUUGUUGUUGUUGUUGUUAAGAGACUUUUUUCCUUUUUCAAUUACAAUAAAUAUUCAAGAGAGUAUA